ACACCAAAUCCUUCUACUACCUUCUCGAGUUCAUUUCUCUUUGAUUCUUACAAGGCAAAAUGGGAGUCAUCACCUACUCUCAAGAGUUCACAUCUGCUGUUGCUCCAACGAGGAUGUUCAAGGCUUUGGUCCUUGACUCACACAAUGUCAUUCCCAAGAUUGUCCCCGGGGGCAUCAAGAGUGUCGAGUUCAUUGAGGGAGAUGGUGGAGUUGGUAGCAUUAAGCAAACUAACUUCAGCGAAAGUUCCCAUAUCAAGUACACCAAGCACAAGAUCGAUGCUCUUGAUGUGGAGAACUUUUACUGCAAAUUCACUUUGAUCGAAAGUCAUAUCAAGUUCGAAAAAAUCGAUUUUGUCGUCUAUGAGGUGAAAUUUGUUGCGUUAGAUAACGGUGGAUGUAUUUGCAAGAUGACCGGUGAGUAUCAUUCCAAAGAUAGUGCUGAGCUCAAAGAAGAUAUCAAGCAGGGUAAGGACAAAGAUAUGGGGCUAUACAAGACCGUUGAGGAGUACCUUUUGGCAAACCUUGAUGCUUGUGCUUAAAUGGCCCUUUCCAAAAUUCUAUUGUGUGAUGUGAGCUAAGUGGUGGAAAAUUGGA